CUGAGUGGUUUCAUAACCAACAGAUGUUUUCGCAAGAGAACGUUACAAUUUUACGGCUGUGGGAAAACACACUUUCUGCUAAAUAUCGCUUGAACGCUUCAAAAUGAAUCAAGAUACCAGCCAUAAUAUUCUGUUGCAGAAUGUGCAGCAAGAGUGUUUUAUAGAUGGCAGUGCUGAAGCAACGGUUGGCGAGUAAAGUGGAGGCACUGCUCAUACUCAGCAAAGACCUGAACGAAUGCCGAAGUGAACGUGAUCAAUUCCGACUGAUGGCUGAACAACUGAGGGAUCGGUACUCUGCACUGAAGAAACGGCAGCAGGAUAUGGAUUUGUGGAACAAUACGGAUGCAUAUAACCCAUGUGGAAAAUCAAACCAUGCAGUAAAAGACCAGGGUGUCUUACAGCUUCUAUGUGAGAUGAAAGAACAUAACAAGACCUUACAGUUUGAGGUUGACAGUCUGAAGCAAAAGUUGUCGGAUGCACAGGGCGACAUUAAGUUGUUGCGGGAGCAGAUUGCCAGACAUAGGGUAGGAACAGUUGAUGAGGGUGUCAACACAAGGCAUUUUCCAGCUCAUGAGAGGGAGGACCUUGUUUCACAGCUUGAGGCUUCGCGAGAACAGUACUGCUUGCUGGAGCGAGACUUGCAGACAGUGCUGGAUGAGAAAGAAGAGCUGGUGACAGAGAGAGACGCCUACAAGCACAAGGUGGACCGGCUCAACCGUGAACUAAACUACGUGUUGCAGGGAGACGAAAAACGCAUUGUUGACAUUGACUCUCUCACCAUGGAGAAUAUGUACCUGAAGGAGAGGGUGAGUCAGCUACAGGAGGAGAUGACAAUGGCAGUUACUACUGUAACCAAAUACAAGAAUGCCCUGGAUAGACGCAAGAACAAGGGCAUUCUCAAGUUGGGUGCUUCCAGACCAGGGUCUGUGAUCAUCUCACAGAGGCAGGUGCAACAGUUAUUGCAAGAUUCUGAGCACGCACAACUCGCCAAUACUGCGGCAACAGUCUCUGAUCUACGUGCGCUGGCAAUUGCCUUAUUUGAGGCUGUGAAUGACAAAAACGUGGCGCUAUCUCAUCAAAGGAAAACCAACAAAAUACUUGGAGAGCGAGUCACAGGGCUGGAAACAAAGCUGAAGAAUCUGGAAAUAAGUGGCUUCUGGACCCAGAAAGCACGAUAUCAGGAACUGAAGCUGGGCAUUCCUGAGCAGGUUGGCAGUGGUAGUGUGGGUGGGGCGACGGGAGGAGGGGACAGGGCGGAGUCUCGGAGCCCUGAUGAUCUCCGCAGGCUCAGCCUCGUCAGUGAUGACGGCACAUUUCUCACAGAGGAUUCCCAAGAGCUGGAGCUAGCAAAUCUCAUGCCACCCGACGACAACGAUCAUGUGUUGAGUGAAUCUCACGAUGGCAGCAGUGUUGACCUGUGUGCCUCGCCAUAUCUAGAUGACCACGUGUGUGUGGUCAGCGUCGGGGGAGCAGUGUGGCAGAUGCCAGCACAAGCAGCUGGCAGCAACAACGACCUUGACCUUUUGCCAUCUAAGGAGGAGGCUAAUAUGACAGGUUACGGCAAGAUGAAAAAUCACAGUGAAGCUGUGAAGAGGCCUGCAGGUUUCGAAAUGCUUGACAAAGUGAUAUCUCCUGAUUGCCUAUCCCCUGAACUACGAAGGCUACUUGCUAGUCCAACUAAAGAGGAGAGUAGCAGAGGAGGAAGUGAAUGCAUGGGAUCUCCAGCUCCUACUAGUAGUGACAACAUGCCAUUACACUCAGGUAAUGGGACAUGUGCUUGAACUGGCUGCUAUUGGCUAAAUGCAUGUUGUAAACGAUAUUGCCUCUCUCCCCCCAUCUUCUCAAACACUACACUAAAUACAUACUCUCCACAACGACUCACCUGCCACACCUUUCCCAAUAGCUCCUUUCCUACCCUCAAAAAUGUCUCGUCAACCUCUCUUUGAAUACCAUAUACUUAUACUGGUCCUAACACCUUAGCCACCACUCUUUCACUCCUUAGCUCACUAGCAAUUUCUAAACAAUGCACCGAGCCACUGUCCC